UCAAUAAGAAAAACGUUCCAAUUAGCAUUACAGCUUUGUCCACUACUCUUCAAUUUUAUCUACUUUCUCUUUCAAUAUGGCAAAACUGUCAGAUCCUCUUGUGGUGGGGAGAGUCAUUGGAGAUGUUAUUGAUUCUUUCACCCAUUCAGUCAAAAUGACUGUCACUUACAACUCCAACAAGCAGGUUUACAAUGGUCAUGAGUUUUUCCCUUCCUCGGUUACCCACAAACCCAAGGUUGAAGUCCAUGGAGGUGACAUGAGAUGUUUCUUCACUCUGGUGAUGACUGACCCUGAUGUUCCUGGUCCGAGUGAUCCAUACCUGAGAGAGCACUUGCACUGGGUUGUGACAGACAUUCCAGGCACCACAGAUGCUACAUUUGGGAAGGAAGUAGUGAACUACGAGAUGCCAAGGCCAAACAUAGGGAUCCACAGGUUUGUGUUCCUGCUGUUCAAGCAGAAGAGGAGGGAGACUUUGAUGAGCAUUCCAGUGACGAGGGAUCGAUUCUGCACCAGGAAGUUUGCAGAGGAAAACGAUCUGGAUCUUCCUGUGGCUGCUGUUUACUUCAACGCUCAAAGGGAAACCGCAGCUAGAAGACGCUAAGGUAAAGAGAGUUCUGAUGAGGCUAAUCAAGCCUGCCGUGCUCUUGGUCCGCAGUACACUGGGGACCAUAUAUAUCUGAAAAUUAACGUAUUAAGUAGUCUGUGUGCAUGUACGAUAUGGUUGGAGUUUAAAGUUGAGUAAUGUUUACCUAUAAUAAAUCCUGGUUGGAGAUUUGAGUGCCUUUGACAGGAAAAAUAACCUAUGGUCCAAGGUAUUUGGUGUGCUUCUUGUUACCCUGUUGUUUGGGUAUUAGUAUCCGUACUUUACAUGGACAUGCUACUUUGUAAUAAUAGAUUGCUACAUUAAUAGAAAUGAAAUGUUUUA